AUGGCGGACUUUCAACUUCCUGUGGUCGACCUAUUUGGCGGUGCUUUUCUAACGUUAGAGCCUUCCUCAGUCCAGAAACUUGAUCAAUGGGCAGCGCAGCGAAGUGCGAGCCAGUCAUUUCCUCUCCCUGCCCUCAAAGAUGCGGUGAUCGGUAUCGAUGCAAGCUACUACCUCGACCUGCGCCUGAAUGGAAGUCCCAAGGAAGAGCCUCUCAAACACGCGCUGGGAGGUGUGCCAUUUUGCAUCAAGUCUCAAAUCACCGAUGAUAUCGAGUGCCUACACGAUGCUGGCGUCAAAGUCAUCUUCGUCUUCAGCGGCCUGGACCACGUCAACAAGCCACAGCCCGAGUAUCUCUCCCAAGAAAGCAUGCGAGCCGCGGAGAGUGCGUGGCAGAAGUAUCGCAGCGGAGAGUCAGAAGCCUGCAACAGCGAGUUCUCCAAAGCAAAGUAUCCUGCAGAGCAUCUGUACCGCUGGCUGCAAGGUUUCUUCGUCAAAAAGGGCAUAGAAUACAUUGUGGCUCCUUAUUCGGCUAUAGCCCAACUGUCAUACAUGGUCAAGUUGUCGGAGCAAUAUAUCGACUGUAUCUGGGGCUCAACAGAUCACUUCUUGUUCAACGUUGACAAGGUCAUCACCAAUGUUCAGGUUGCCAACAACGUCAAAGAUGCUCAUUUCACUUGGAUCAGCAAGGCGACGUGCGAGGAACGACUCAAAGUAACGCCUGACGCGCUGCGCGAUGCUCAGCUCCUGCUUGGGAGUGCCUUUUCUCCCAUCUUUCCUCCGUUGGAACGCCAGAGUCAUACACCAAAGGGUGUCUCUAUCACGGACGCGGUCAAUAUGCUUAACAGCCAACAACGCAACGUCCUGCAAUUAUGCCACGUUUAUCGUGAUGAUCCGACCAUGUCGCAAUCCAACUAUUCAGACACCUACAAGAAAGCAAUCAUGUCCAUCAGACACCACAUUGCGUUGGAGACCAACGGCUCUAUUGGACCUAUGAAUUUUGAGCAGGCUCCAGGAGAUGUUCACGACUAUGUAGGCCAGAAUCUUCCGCAGGAGCUCUUCUAUUACAUGUCACGAGGCUUGAUCGGACCUGAACUUCCCAAUUGGCUCACUCAUGACCAUAUCGAACUCCGUAUUCCUCCUGGGGUCGUUGAUUCGACACCGUACCGAAAUCUGCUAUUUGAACAGCUGAACCCUAUCCGUGCGAAGGCACUGAGGACCAUCACCGAGAACAUGAACAACUACUACCGCUUUCGGACUGUCCACAUCAGAGGCUGGGACGGGCAACCCCACGAUAACUUGAACAUCAUUCUCAGAGACGAGCCGUCGGUGAAGGGCAAGGUGCUGUCCUGGAAGGUCAAAGAGGACAUCAUGAAGCCAAUCAGCAGUGACUUCUCUCUCAUGACCUGCCUCCAAUCCCUGAAAAACGAGGAGUUUAGACAGCAGACAAUCAACACCGGCAAAACCUCACAUGCCUAUCCUGCGUUGAAGUCGACAGGAGAGGUGAUUACCAACACCUUCUUCCAGUUUCUGCACCUGCGCGACUACAUCAACGAUAAGCACGAGUUGACCAGAUGGGGUCAAGUUCUCGAAACCACUCUAUCGAAACUGUCGUCAACGCCCAAGGCUGAAGACACUGCCCUGCUUGCUGUCGAGCUGAUGCGCUUCGGUCUGCUCAACCCCAAUGAGGCAGACGGCACUGUCAUUACAUCCACCGAUCAGGAGCACCUACCUCGUGCUUCCGUCAACAUAGUGUCCAAAAUCGCCUGCUUGAAUCGCUUCCAACAUAAAGAGAUUGGGUUCACCGGACCUCUCGACCAGCCGCUUCUCUCUUUCGUUUGGAUGACAACUGCUGUCCGAGUGUCACUUCGCGUUCUCAUGGAAGCCGUUCUAGUAUCCAUGUUCCUGUCUGCUGAGGUCGAGCGAGAACGAAGCGAUUGGACCGAGAUCUCUGCAAGGCUUCCACUAAGCCCCGACCACGGUUGUGCCCUCGGUUUAGUGGCCAAGACAUAUUUUGACUUCCUCAAGGACAGCAAAGAGGUAACAGACAAGCUGAAGGAGGAUGUAAAAUCUGGUCAAGCUCCCUACAAAUGGUUUCCACAUGCGAAGAACAAGAAUCUCAACAAAAGCCUUGACACGAUUCGAGGUAUGUGGGAGGCAGUGUAUGCAGGCAGUGAGAUUGCGGGAGGUGAGAUGAAAGAUGGUGAACUGUUCAAGGAGGUUGAUGGAUGGUUGAAUGGCAAGUGGUGA